UCCCAAUCCAUCAGGGAUUCGGACUUGUUCUUUUCUUCGACGACGUCCUGUCAGAAGGCAGUGACGGUAUCGCUAUCGAACUCUUUUCUCCUCCUUUUCCUCGUUAUAAGGGCCCAGUACUACCCAGAAAUGUGCUAAUUCUGUUGUACUACCUUUCACUGCCAGCCCAUGCAAACAGUUCUCGCACCUCUUCCUCUCACAAUGGAUUCUGCUGACCACGAUUUCUCUCCGGCACAAUGGACUCCCCAUCGCUUUACCCCUUCGCCGUCCUUUGAUCCAACUCCAGAUAUCGAGUACCCUUCACCAGUCGCUUCAGUGGCACCAUCGUUCCAGCAGCCAGCACCACCACCGGAGUCGACGUCGACGGCGGCGCCUGCAGACGACUUCAACCAGGUCCAGUCAUCUAUUGGCCCAGAUCGUGUGCUGACGCGGCGCCAAAAGGCUGCUCUCGAGGGCAGGCGCUCCUCGUUUCCUGCUGCCCCACGCUCUCCACAAACUAUCCGCUCUCAUACGCCACCAGCCUCGCCUCACCGCGAGCGCCUGUCGAUGAAUGUCUCUGCCCUGCAGAUGCCCCAUCCGUAUCCACUGACCCCAGACUCUUCCUCUACUUCCUACUCAGCCCCUUACACCUUCCCUCAAUCCCAGAACUCUCAUUCCCAGUCCCCGUCUGACCCUCGUUCUGCCUCUCCAGCCUUGAGCACUACCUCUUCUUCGGCUUCAGCUUCGUCCAAUCAUCCCCAGUUUGCACAGUUCCAACAUACUCCAGGCCUUUCUGGUAAAACACAAAAACAGCGCAAGCAGCGUCUCUUUAAUGUCGAUCGCAAAGCCAUCUGUCAAUAUCAUCGGCAGCAUCCGGAUGCUCGUCAGGAAGAUAUUGCUUCGCGCUACGGGGUUGAGCGCAGCACCAUCUCCAAGAUCCUCAAACACAGAGUUAAAUGGCUUAGCGUCCCCUCUGAUGAGGAACUCCGAAUCUCAAAGCACCGACCUUCGAAGUUCCCUAUUAUCGAGGAAAAGAUGGUCCUUUGGUUGUCUGACUCAGAGACCACCAAAACCUCGCUCUCUGACAUGCGUUUACGCGAAAAAGCCCGUCAGAUUGCACGGGACAUUGGCAUGUCUGAAGAUAGAUUCAAAGCUUCCUCAGGCUGGGUCGAAAACUUCAAGCAUCGACACGGCAUACGCGGAGGAAUCUGGACUGGUGACGGGCUUAAUACGCGCGCCGCUAGGGCACUCGGAAUGUCCUCGCCGGAUACCUUGCUCACUCCGCAGGAAGCUGAGGAGGCCAUUCGAGGGUAUGAAGCCAGAGACCGAGAAAUCGAACGAAAGCGAGCCGCUGGGCUGAGGCCUGCGAGUUGGCCGCAAGAACAGCCAACACAUCAUCCUUCGUAUAAUCAUUAUGAUUCUUCGCAAUAUGAAGCCUCGUCGUCAGUACCCCCUACGACAGAACAGUCGUCGAUAACACAAUCCUCGCUCCAGCCAAGGUAUGAUUCCACAACAAAUACUGUGGUGCCAUACGAUGGUGGCUCGUCUGUGCGAUCGCCAGCGUAUCAAACUCCAAGCUCUUACCCCGCUCCCGCUCCCACUUCGCCUACGGCCUAUCCUCGCCCCCCUUCGCCCAGCUCUUCAUACCCUCCGGCACCCCCUCCUGACUCCUACCCCGUUAUGGAAGCCUAUGUUCCUGUACCUAAUAUUCCCGACAACUCUGUGCCUACGUUGGCGGAGGUAGAAGAACACAUGAACAAGGUGCUCCUCUUUUUCGAUACUUCGGCGGGCAUGGGGGUCAUUAGCCAUGAGGAUCGAGAAAACCUCAACCAAGUGAAGCGUGCCCUGUUCCAAGCAGCGAGCGGCGUGCCCUACGUGAGGGAGUAGCUUACUGAAAUAACUUUACGCUGGGGUUCUCAUAUAGAGACGAUGUCCGUAUUUCCUUUUUUCCUCCCUCUUUCUCUGGCUCGAUAACAGUCUCAUUGCAAAUGGUCUCCUUUCUCGUAUGCAUGCAUCACCAUCAUUCUUCAUCCGCAUCCAUCAAGACAUCCUUGUAUACAGUUCACUUCACUGUACAUGUAACCAACCCCAUUUGUUGUUGUUAGGUACCAACCAGCAGUUAAAGACCAUCCACAUCCUGAAAAUACGUAUACCACCUGUAUGUACAGUUUGCGCAUUAAAACAAUAUCUGCGCCUGUCCUGCACACUUAUGCAUGGCGGGUAAUGUUGCAUUCGCCGAGAAAUAAAUAUGUUAUUAUCGCUUUACAUAAAUUUGU